AUGCCACCCAAGAAGAAGGUCGUUGAGGAGAAGAAGGUCAUCCUCGGCCGUCCGGGAAACAACCUGAAGAUUGGUAUUGUCGGCGUCCCCAACGUCGGCAAAUCGUCGUUCUUCAACACCCUUUCCAAGACUGACCUCGGCAAGGCCGCCAACUUCCCCUACGCCACUAUCGACCCCGAGGAGGCCCGUAUCCCCGUCCCCGAUGAGCGCUUCACCUGGCUUUGUGAGGUCUACAAGCCCAAGUCCGUUGUCCCUGCGUUCCUUACCUGCAUUGACAUUGCCGGUCUGACUGCUGGUGCUUCGACGGGUGCGGGUCUUGGUAACGCCUUCCUGUCGCACGUCCGUGCUGUCGACGGCAUCUUCCAGAUGGUUCGCGUGUUCGACGACGCCGAGGUCAUCCACGUCGAGGGUGAGGUCAACCCCAUCCGUGACAUGGAGAUCAUCUCGACCGAGCUCCGUCUCAAGGACAUCGAGUGGCUCGAGAAGGAGGUUGAGCGUCACCGCAAGAUUGUGCGCUCGUGCGGCAACGUUUCGCUUGCGGACAAGGCCAAGAAGGAGGAGCUUGCGACCGUUGAGCGUGUCCUCAAGCACGUUGCUGAGGACAACCGCGACGUCCGUAAGGGCACCUGGACCAACAAGGAGGUUGAGGUCAUCAACAGUCUUCACCUCCUCACGGCAAAGCCCAUCACCUACCUCCUCAACCUCUCGGAGCGCGACUUUGUCCGGAAAAAGAACAAGUGGCUGCCCAAGAUCAAGGCGUGGAUCGACGAGAACAACCCGGGAGACAUGCUCAUCCCCUUCUCGGUUGCGCUCGAGGAGCGUCUCGUGUCGCUGAGCGAGGAGGAAGCCGCGGAGGAGGGUGACAAGCUUGGCCUCGGCAAGAAGAACCCUUCGGCCCUAGGCAGGAUUACCACAUCCGGUUACUCGUCGCUCAACCUCAUCCGCUACUUCACCUGUGGCCCAGAGGAGGUCCGCGCGUGGACUGUGCGCAAGGGUAUCAAGGCGCCGCAGGCCGCCGGUGUCAUCCACUCGGACUUUGAGAACAAGUUUGUAUGUGGUGAGAUCAUGUCGUUUGACGACCUCAAGGAAUACGGCACCGAGUCGGCUGUCAAGGGGGCCGGCAAGUUGCGCCAGCAGGGCAAGCCUUACGAGAUUGUCGACGGCGACAUUUGCCACUGGAAGUGCGGGUAG